AAGCUAGGGCUCUGCUCGUCACUCGUUUCAACCAUGUCUGGUCGCGGUAAAGGUGGCAAAGGUCUCGGAAAAGGAGGCGCCAAGCGCCACCGCAAAGUCCUGCGCGACAACAUCCAGGGCAUCACCAAGCCCGCCAUCCGCCGCCUGGCCCGGCGCGGCGGCGUCAAGCGCAUCUCCGGCCUCAUCUACGAGGAGACCCGCGGGGUGCUGAAGGUCUUCCUGGAGAACGUGAUCCGCGACGCCGUCACCUACACGGAGCACGCCAAGCGCAAGACCGUCACGGCCAUGGACGUGGUCUACGCGCUCAAGCGCCAGGGACGCACGCUCUACGGCUUCGGUGGUUAAGCUAUGGCUGCGCUUUUCUCCGUUGUCGCAAAAGGCCCUUUUCAGGGCCACCCACGAACUCUAUGAGGAGCUGUUGCGCGUUUUCCGAGCUGCUGAGCAGCCGGCUCUAGGUGUCAUUAGCAUAAGUCGCCCUGUCAAGGCUGUCAGGGAAGGACAAGAGGGCUUCGGCUUUAAGAUCUUGGGCGGCCAUUUUAGCCUCUGGCUGCAACCCAGUUCCGGGGAAAAGCCACCGGGUUAUGAAAACAUGGCCAGACGACCUUCAGCCCCGCAGCCUGGCCAUUGCGCACCCUGGCACCCGUUGCAAAAGCCCCGGGUCACAACUGCCUAAGUGAAAUUUCCCCUUCUCGCUAAGCCAAUGAAAUGAGAGGUAGGUCGCGUGCUUCUGGCCAAUCCUGUAACGCCAAGGCAUAAAAACGUCUGCUUGCGUUUUUUCCCUUAAGAACUCUUUACCCCAAGAGCCUGGAAUCGCUCUCCCCACCCUCUGUGCCCGAGUGGUCAGAUCGCCUCCCGAUCUCGAGCUUGUACCCCGAAUAAACCUUGUGUGUUUGCAUCGGGA